AUGUGUUUGAGUGUCCUGGUAAGGAUCAUUCCAGUCCUGGCAAAGGAAGACGCCUUGCUGACCGAGCAGAUUGUGUGGAAUUGCGACCACCAGGGCUCUGAGCGAGUGCGCUGCGACGACUAUCCCAACUGUGUGGUUGAGCACGAUGAUUACAAUCCGGAAUUUUCCAAGGAGUUCUGCCGAUCAUGCAAAGAAGUCACAUGGGUCGACAAGGCCAUCGCCAUGACCGAGACACGAUUGGGUAUACCGAAUGAUCCAGUGUUUUGGAAGAGACGCACCACCCUCGCCCGGCUUGAGUUUCUGAAGGAGUUUCCCAUUGCCAAAGGCAACGGUCGCAAGCCGAACCCGGUCGAGCCAAGUCUUGAGUUGUUCAAGUCGACUGGCAUGUUCAGGCCUGGAACCCCAAUGCCAGAGCAGAAGAAGAACUAG